AUGAGGCUAGUUGGUCAGGCACCGACAACGAGUCAUACGGAACAUGGUGACAAAAUCAUCAUUGAACUAAAUGAUGAGAUGAAGAGAUCACUUAAACCAAGUGCAUAUCAAGAAACAGUCACGGAAUCAAAACCUGAAGGAGGCGAAAGUGAAAACUAUGAAUGUGCUUUGAAUGGAUGGCAUACUUCAAAAUCACUAUAUAGGUGA